AUGGGACGAGAUAUGAAAUUGCGGUUGAUUGGACCAAAGUUGACAAAGAGCCUUAAGUAUUGGUCGUGUGAAUUUCUUGGAAGUUUACCCAUAUUUGUUCACCAUGAUAGCUGCAGAAGCUUAAAUUCAGAACCUUCUAAGAAACUCUAUAAAGCUGUUGUUGGAUAUGUGGGGUUAUCUGAAUCAGUAUUAAAGGCCCGAUUUCUAGAAUGUGCGGAUUCUCCUAAGCAAGUGAAUGGUUAUGAUUGCGGCUAUUAUGUCAUGGCCAUAGCAAGAGUGAUAUGCGACUGGCGUGUAAAUAGUGAAAAGACUGGUGCAAACAAUUCGUGGUUCUCUGUUGUGAAGGAACGAGUUACUUCAUCUUCUGUUGACUGCAUGCGAACUAAGAUUCUAGUGUUUAUCAGAGAUCUAAUGGCAAAGCGUUCAGGCCAGCAAACUAAUUUCUCAGCCUAA